AUGGGUAAAUUCAAGAAGUUUCAUCUUACUAUUCGGUGGAAUGGAAGGGUGACAAACUCUGACAUAGGCAUUGAUUAUGAGGACGGCGAAUCCAUUAUGCUGAAAAUUGAUUUCCGAUUCAAUUUUCAAGAACUCUGUGAUCUUUGUGCAGAAAGGGUUUGUACGAGCGGACAGACGAGACUUGGCAAAAUUACUUACCGGUAUCCAGACAUGAGUGCUGGCGGGGUCAUGUUCCAAGAAGUUGUCAUAAACGAUGAUGACGCGGUUAUGAUGAUGUUACAGUUCCUAAGCGAUAACCAAGUCCGGCUUGCAGAGGUGUAUGUUGAGACCGAGGCGGUCGGUGAAUCUCAUUCUCACCAGUAUUCUUAUGAUGAUGGUUUUGCAGGAGGGUACGAAUGGGGUGGUAGUUCGAGCAACUACCAAGGCGGUGGUUAUACAGGAGGUUACGGGGAGGGUGGUGGUUCAAUCAACUACGGUGGAUCGAGUAGUGCAGUAUGGGUUUCGGGACGCCAUCGUUCCGCCAUUGCCGUAAGCAUAUCAUUGUCGAUCUCGAUCCGCAAGAAAUGGCGCAACAUUCCCAAAACCGGUCCUCGCUAUAUAGGGCUCCAACCUUGGAUGCCAAGCCGGCAAGUUAUUGGUCCCUUUAUGAACCACGGGAACAAGAGAUUCCUAAAAAAAAUAGGAAAAACAUCAAUUUAUUAG